CCUAAAAAGAUUCUACAACAGCUUCUCAUUUUUACAAGCCAUCAAGGUAACAAACCCCACUUUUUUUCAAUCUUUGAAACACAAUAAAAAUGCAUACUUUAUCAUUUAAUCAUUCAUCUUACAUGUUUAAUGAUACAUUUGAAAGAAGUUCAUUAUUAGUUUCAUCACCAUUAAGCAUUGUUAAUGUUAACAAUACCCAAUCCUGUCAUGAGCAGGAUGUUGGGGAGGUGGGACGUAGACAGUCUUAUUCGCCUUAUUCGCGGGUAGAGAGAUUGCUUCCAGAUUCAUUAAGCACUAAAUGUAGUUAUUCUUGUUGUUGUUGUUAUGCUGCUAAUAUUUUAAUGUGUAAUAGAUUAGGAGUGAUAAACCAUAGGGUUUUAUGUAAAGGGUUUAGUCAACCAACCUUGAUUAAGUGGCCAAUAUGUAAAAGAUUUGAUUUUAAUGGUGGGAUUAGGGAAUCUUGUGGUGGAAUGAUUUAUGGGGUUUCGGCUUUUCGGAAUGUUGAAAAGGUUUGUGCUUUUAAGGAUAGAAGGAAAAAGGGGAAGAAGGGUUUUGGGUAUAAUAGGAAAAGGCAGUUUUUGAGUAAUGUGAGUGAUGAUUGUGUUGAUAAUGUUGAAAUUAUGCUUAGUUUAUUGAAUGGUGAAAUGGGUUUCGAUUGUAGUGAUGUUAGGGACAGAGAAAAUAUGCAAAAGGGAAAGAAAAAUGUAAAUUCCGGGAUUGUGAAAAGGGGUUUGAAGUGUGAUGAAGGGGUAAAGAUUCGGUCUUUAGCGAAAAGUGAGAAUCUUGAUUUGAGAAAAGAGGGUUCUUCUAGUGAACUAGAGGGUGCUAAAGAUUUUGAGGUUAACUGUGAAGGCUAUGUGGGUGAAACAUCUUCAAACGAGUGUAAGAACGAUUGGGAGAGAAGACAUAAUGAAGGUUGUGUUGAUGAAGUUGUUGGAAAUAUUGAAAAACAAGAAAUAGUGCAAGAAGAAAAGGAGUUCUUGGAGAAAGAUAAUGUGAAAGGUAGUUAUGGGGUAUCAGUUGGUGAAAGUCGAGAUUGGAGAAAAAAAUCGGAAAAGAAGCUGAAUGAAGAAUUUAAACAACAAGAUUUAACAAUUUCUGUGAAUAUCGACCCAUGUAACAGCAAUGUGGUUGAUGAUAUCAGUGAUGUUAUGGGUUUAAAAAUGAAGUAUAAAAGGUUAGAAAAAGAUAAAAGUGUUAUCGAAUCAACUUUCAUUCGAGAAAAAAAGUUAAAAUCGAUCUCAGAAGUGUCAAAGCCGCAGGAAAUAGACAUGAAAGGAACCUCUUCAUUCCCCGAAAGUAGAAUGAAGAACGUAAAAGAGAAGACGACAGAAGUUAGUAAUCAGAUUGAAGACAGCAGAGAAGAGAAGCACCAAAAACUAGGCUCCAGAGAGAAAUCACAACAAAUAUUUGGAAUUUCAGAUGCCCAUUUCGAUUAUUGCGAAAGAAUUCUAACUUCACAUAGAAAUUUAGACAUUCAAAUGAAGAAACAAAAACGGUAUCCUGGAAGUUUAAGCUCUGAAGCUAUGUUCACCAACGCUGAGGGGGGUGCUGCUAAAGUGAAUACAACAAGCAUUGAACAUGAUGAUUUAAGCUCAGAUAUUAAAUUACUCAAAGAGGGUGGGAAUGAGGGUUCAGGAAGUGCUCACCUAAAGGGGGGUGGCUCAAGGCACUCGUCUCAGGGGUCUGGACCGAAAGGACCUUCUGACGAGAUGUGGCAUGUGAAUGAUGCAUCCACACAAGACCCCUCAGAAAGCGAUGCACCAGAUAACAUAUCCUAUAUAAGCGAAAAUGGUGAACCGGUCAAGACUAGUGGCAGGUCCUUGUGGACUGUUAUUGGUGAUGUGGUUCGAUUGCAUUGGAAAUCUCCACGGUCCGGAUCUCAUACCCCAAACUCAGGUGGUGCAAAGGGGUCAUCAUAUUUAUCUACUGGUAGCGAAACAUGGUUUUCUAGUCAUGAACCAGAUGAUUCGAAUGACGAGAACGUAAAAAAGAGAAGCACAAAAGGCUUAGAUUCACCAUUAACGUCAUCAAAUACUAACUCGGGACCUUAUAGAAGCUCUUCUCUAUCCAUAAUUAAAGAAUCCCGUUUUCCGCUGAGCACAAUGCAAAUGGAAAGAUCUCCUGGAACCACAGAAACUUUAGAGGCUGACGAAACACAUAAAUAUGGGAAUGAUUCCAAGAAUGGAGAUUUAAAAAGGAGGAAACUUGGACACAAAGAUCAAGCCUCUAAGAAUAACUUUGAUGAAUGGGAAGAGGCUUAUACUUUUGAAGCUAAGCAACGCAAAAAUGAUGAAACAUUUAUGAAGGAAGCACUUUUGGAAGCUAAAAAGGCUGCUGAUGUGUGGGAAGUGCCUGUUGGAGCUGUUCUUGUGAAGGGUGGUAAAAUAAUUGCUCGCGGUUAUAAUCUGGUAGAAGAAUUACAUGACUCUACUGCCCAUGCUGAGAUGAUUUGCAUACGUAAAGCAUCAACCAACCUACAGUCAUGGAGACUUACAGAUACUACUCUUUAUGUAACACUUGAACCUUGUCCAAUGUGUGCUGGAGCCAUUCUCCAAGCCAGAAUUGACACGGUUGUUUGGGGCGCCCCAAAUAAGCUACUAGGCGCUGAUGGCAGCUGGAUUAGACUAUUUUGCGAUGAGGAUACUGGGAGUGGCUCCAUGUCAACAGAUAAGCCGCCUGCACCUCCACAUCCUUUCCACCCAAACAUGUCGGUAAGAAGAGGAGUGCUAGCGGCAGAGUGUGCUGAAGUUAUGCAACAAUUUUUCCGGCUAAGAAGAAAAAAGAAAACAGAACCAGAACUGGGUACAGAAGCACCAACUCCUCCUUCAUCUAUUACCGUUUCACAUCCUCGUGAUCGCCAUCAUUCAAAUUUCUUCUCUAAGGUGCAGCAUGCCUUCAAAAUCAUCUUCUGUUUAUAGAAUAAGUUUUAGCUCUUAGUUUUUGAACUUCCAUUAUUUCCACUCUCUUUGGCUUAAGUUUUAGUUGAUUAUAUGAUUCUAGGAGUUAAUAUAUAAAGUGCUACCAACUUUAAGGUUUAGGGACCACAACUUCAAGUUUAUUUAACACGUGGGCCGAAUUGUCAAUGUGACAAUGCUUUUAUGUAUAUUUCUAUCUUUGAAGACUACAUGAUUACAUAGCA